CCAACUUCCCAGUUCCGACCACCGCCACCACCAACGACAAAUUCCCGCAUCUCUUUUCCGUUUUCCCACUCGAUGAUGGUCCAUCCCAUUGGAUCCAAGUAGCUUUCCUCUCCUCUCUUCUCCUCUCUUUAUUUUGGUUCUUUCUCUGCCAAAAUUAUAAAGCGUGGCCAGUAAAACCAAGUGCCUAAAUAUCUUUUCCCUUUCUCCAUUAAAUGCUCGCUUCAGCCCUCUCUCUUCUGUCUUUCAUGUCCUUUACCUGAACUCACCUCAAUUUUUCUGUCUCGUCUGCACCGCCACUCUUAACGCAUUCUCUCCCUCUCUCUCUCUCUCUCUCUCUCACACAGACACUGACAAAACACACACACACUAACAUCUCUCUGCCUUUGUAGUCUGUCGUAUUACUACAACCCACGGGUGUACGCUUCUAUAUGGCAGCUACCACUACCCAACUCAAAUUCCAGACCCAACCCAUAAAACCAAAACGACGCCGUUGCCGCGAGACAACUAUUACCACCUCCACUUCCACUCCCCCCGCCGCCUCCGCCGCCACGUCAGACCACUCUUCCACUUCAUAUUUAGCCGACAAUAACCACCAAAGCCGCAAACUUGACACCCCAACAGUCGUCUCGCCUGAUAAUUCCUGGUGCUGCCCUGCCGUCUCUAAACCCCCUGCGCCACCUUCACCUCCUCCAGUACUCCCCUCCGCCGCUAGCUCUUCACCAUCCCAUUCCCCAUUACCAUCCUCCUCACCUUCAAAUCUAAAAAUUCGUUACUCACCCACUACAAUCCCCCACCUGAUGGACUCCUUCACCACCACUACCACCGUCCUCCACGGCGGUGGCGGCGCCGUCUCCCACGACACAUUUCCGUCAUCUUUCAGUAAAUUUAACUCCGCUCUCACCGCCGGGCUUCUCAACCCAAUGUCACCUCCCCCACCCGUCGAUAAAACCCGUUCAAGCCCGACCCUUUUCGAAAUGAUGGCCAGCGAACCCGAUUGCCACCCCAGAACUGCCGCCGCCGGAACGACAACCCACCAGGUUUCAAACGGCGUAAUUUCAACCCUAAAUCAGAAGCCUUUGGACAGACAAGCGUUAAUGCUGCAGCGCCUGAACGAUCUCUUAUCUUGCCGGAGUCCCGGAAACCAGUUCAAUGACUCGGCUUCCGCCGACGUCAAGCUGACUUUGAGCUCCAAAGAUGGGUUACAUGUUUCAAUGAGUGUUCAUAGGCAGAUCCUUGUGUCGAACAGCAGAUUUUUCGCGGAGAAAUUGUCAGAGAAAUGGGUUAGGCAGCAGAGGAAUGCGGGCCCCUGCAUUGUGGAGAUUGCUGACUGUGAUGAUAUUGAGGUUUAUAUUGAGACUCUCAAGUUAAUGUAUUGCAAAGAUUUGAGGAAAAAGCUUAUGAAGGAGGAUGUUUGCAGAGUUCUUGGAAUCUUAAAGGUUUCAGCUGCCAUUGGAUUUGAUGCGGGGGUUUUAUCAUCUUUGGAGUUCUUAGAGGCUGCUCCAUGGGCUGAGGAUGAGGAAGAGAAGGUGGCUACACUGUUAUCAGAGCUGCGUCUUGAGGGGGUUGGAGCAGGGGAAGUUUUGAAGAGGGUGUCUCUUGAUGUUACAGCGGGCAUGGAAGAUGGGACUGAUAAUGAAGAAGUUCUUCUGAAGCUACUACAUGUAGUUCUAGAAGGGAAGGAUGAGAAAGCCAGGAGAGAGAUGAAAGGCUUAGUGUCCAAAAUGCUACAUGAGAAUACUGCUCAGAAUGAUCUGAGGAAGGAAUCUCUGUACUCAGCUUGUGAUGGAUGUUUGCAAUCGCUUCGCCACUAUUUUCUAAAGGUAUCAGAGGGAAACCUGGAGGACGUGUCUCAGAUUGCACGGCAGGCUGAUAACUUACACUGGGUUUUGGACAUAUUGAUCGAUAGACAGAUUGCUGAAGAUUUUUUGAAGACCUGGGCAUGUCAAUCUGAAUUAUCUGAAGCACAUUCAAAAGUUCCAGCUAUUCAUCGCUACGAGGUUAGUAGAGUUACGGCUAGGCUGUUUGUUGGGAUUGGGAAGGGGCAACUACUUGCCUCCAAGGAUGCCAGGUGCCUGCUUUUGCAAACAUGGUUAGUUCCAUUUUAUGAGGAUUUUGGUUGGAUGAGGAGGGCGUCAAAAGGCUUAGACCGGCACCUAAUUGAAGAUGGCCUUUGUAACACCAUUUUAACUCUGCCUAUGGCUUGGCAGCAGGAAAUACUGAUGUCUUGGUUUGAUCGAUUUUUGAAUUCUGGAGAUGAUUGUCCAAAUAUCCAGAGAGGAUUUGAAGUUUGGUGGAGGAGAGCAUUUUGGAGGCGAAGUGGUGAACCAGAGCGGCCUCACCAGAUGCGAAUUACAAAUGGAAUAGUUGAAAACUCUUGAAAAUUGGCAUAUUCUUUGAAGCUAGGGGUCUACGUCCCUCACUUCUUGUCUUCUGUUAUCUUCUUAUCACUAUUUUGCUGCUAUAACGAUCCUUCUUCUUUCAUUUUUGUUGCGAGUGCGGUGUUCAAAUGGGCAAUAUAUAUUAUAUUUUUCUGUACAAAAGGUGAUGCGUCUAAUGUGAUGGGGCUAUUCUGGAUGAGUCUGAGUUCGAGUUAUAGUUCUGGUAACAACAUCCACGUUGUAUUUGAUUGACAAGAAUGAUACACAAUGGUGUUUAACAAUCUACUCAAUUUGGAGUCAGAUUUUCCUUUUGCA